ACGACGUCGUUAGCACAAGCACAAACACAAACAUAUUUUCUAUUGCCUUUGAACUCGAUUGAAAACCCUGUUUGUGAAGCGCGCACGUUGUGGCGGCCAAGCCAUGAAGAAAUCUAAGCAAACCCAAAUGAACCCUAACUGGGUUCAACUCAAACAGAAGCUGAAUCUUAAUGGCUCCAAACCUUCAAGGACUUAUGAUUCUGAAGAUGACACCCCAAAUUCAAUAUUGGGGAAACGUAAAGAGAGGCUAAAUGAUGAUUCUGAUGAUUGUGAGAUUAACCCUCUUGAUCCUGUAAAUGAUGAUGCAAGUUUGACAGAUGCUGUGGGCAUGGAUUGUGAAAUGGUUGGGGUUGGUCAAGGAAACAAAAGUGCCCUUGCAAGAGUAUCAUUGGUAAACAAGUGGGGCAAUGUUAUUUACGACGAGUUUGUACGGCCAAUGGAGCGGAUUGUUGACUACCGUACUAAAAUUAGUGGCAUAAGACCUCAAGAUCUGAGAAAAGCAAAGGAUUUUUGUACUGCUCAGAAGAAGGUGGCAGAGUUGAUCCACGGAAGGAUCCUUGUAGGCCAUGCCUUGUCCAACGAUCUUAAGGCAUUGUUAUUAAGUCAUCCCAAAAAGGAUAUAAGAGAUACCUCCGAGUACCCACCGUUUCUAAGGUCAAGUGGUAGAGUAGCAUUGAGGCAUCUUGCUUCAGAACAUCUCGGUGCUAAGAUUCAAUCAGGAGAGCAUUGCCCGGUGGAUGAUGCCCGCGCAGCUAUGAUGCUUUACCAAAGAAAUAGAAAAGAAUGGGAGAAGUGCGUAAAAGGCAAAUUUCGGAAGCAAAAGAAAAGGAAGAAGAAUAAAGAUGCAAAGGAAUGAGAGAUAUGUCUUGAAAUGCCAACCAUGCUGGCUUCCAUUUAUUGAAAAACAUUAUUGUCAGAGACCCUCUUUUUCAAUGGUUAUUUAUUGUAUUGCUUAGACAGAAUCAGAACUCAAGUUAGAAGGUGGAAAAAAAUAGUUGAGAGUUAGUAUAAGAUCAGUUUUGUAUUUGCAGGUGAUGAUGGAUUCACUUAUAAACUAGUCAUUGAGAAGAUCAUUUUUAUCA